AUGGACUUUGUGAUCGACAUGAUUCUCCGAUUGGGGUUUAUUCCCAAUUGGGUCAAGUCGGAAUUAGUGCCAACGCAGGUUUUCACUUAUCUCGGGGUGGUUUUCAACCUUGUGGAGGCGUCCGUUCUUCCGACGGAUUCGCGACUUCACAAUUUCAGGACGUUGGCGCAACGUCUUCUGGUGGAGCAAACUGCAUCGGUGCGCACGCUCCAUGUGUUGAUAGGCCAUUUCGAAUCGCUGGCGGCGCUGAAUGUGCGGUUCAGACAGUUCAAGAGACCGCUUCAAUGGCAUUUGUCCCGAGUGUGGGAUGGUCUCAGCUGGGAUUUGGUGAUACCAUUGGGGCCUUGGUUCAUUCUUCCGAUCCAAGAGUGUCUAGUGGACAAGUGUUUGUCCCAGGCCAUUCCUUUACACCCACUUUCUCCAGAGUUGGUCCUGUUUACCGAUUCAUCCCUCGAGGGGUUCGGUGCACACCUUUUGGAUCAACAUCUGUCAGGGGUGUGGACUCCUUCAAAGAGGAGUCGUCACAUCAACCUGUUGGAGAUGGAAGCAGUGCGUCGCGCUUGUCUACAUUUCAGGACUGUUAUUCGACAUCGUCGAAUUUUGUUGAGGUCGGACAGCUCGUCGGUUGUUGCGUACCUCAAUCAGUGGGGAUGCACCAAAUCCCUGUCAUUGAGUCUUGCGGCUUUGGAGAUUCUGGAAUGGUACGAUGAUUGGGGAGUGGUGUUAUCAGCCAAACACAUUCCUUCGUCCGUGAACGUCUUGGCAGACACUUUGAGUCGUCGUUCCCCGGUUCAGACGGAGUGGAUGUUGCACCGGACGGUGGCUUAUCGAGUUCUUCAGUUGUGGGGGAGUCCUCAACUCGAUAUGUUUGCCACUCGCCUGAACAGUCAGUUGCUAGUGUUUGUAUCGCUGGUACCAGACCCACUGGCACUGGAGUACGAUGCGUUGAGCAUGGACUGGACAGGACUGGAUUUUUACGCCUUUCCCCCUCCGGUUCUGCUUGGCAAGGUUCUGGCAAAGAUCAGACAGCAACCUUGUCGUGUCACGCUCGUAGCCCCGAGUUGGGGAGCUCAAGCCUGGUUUCCUUCGCUCCUGUCACUUUUAGUGCAGGAGCCGGUGCGGUUGCCGUUGAUACCCAAUCUGCUCAGUCAGAGACUGCAUCCGAAGCCGGAGGUUUUCCUACUUCACGCAUGGCGGUUGUCGGGGUUUCCCUCCGAAACAGGCUUUUCUAAACGGGUUGCUCGUCUCCUCUUCGAAGCGCCAGUCUACGGAGAGGGUCUACCAGUGUCACUUGCGCGCUUGGGUUCGUUGGGCGACUGA